UUUACCCAGACGCGGACCGCCCUUUCUCCCUUCUUCAGUUUCAGUUUCAGUUUCAUUCUGGUUGGAUCUGGGAUAAAAUCUCAAAUCUGUUAGAUUCAUAGUGACGAGAUAGAAAGUGAGCAGAGAAAGAAAGUAAGGCACUCUGUUCUUGUAUAUACGUGUCUACAUCUCUUUUCGCAGACUACCAAGUCAUAGAGAGAGAUCUGAAGCAAAAAUUUAGGACCUCUGUUGCUUCUUUCUUCCUUCGGAUCAACUCUUCCAUCGUUUAUUUUCUGUAUUGAUCGACAGUUGGGUAAUCAUUACGUGUAGGCCUUUGGAUCAAUUUUUGACUUUAUCAUUAAUACAGAUUUCAGGAAUGAUCAUAUGAGAAUCUGAGAUUUACUAGAUCCUAUCAAUUGCAGAAUUUGUGAACUUCACUGUUCCCUACUUGGUGGCCAAACCCUUGUACCAGUUCUGUAGACAAUUUGAAGUUUGUAGGAGUUUUAAAUCGGCACAAUUCAUUUGCAUUUAGUGUACAGAAUACGAUGGUAAUAAGUUAUUUCGUUCUGACCUCUGCAAUGAAUUGUUUGGCGGAAGUUGCUAAUAAUUUAUGCACAUGAAGAAAUGAUGUUCAAGCGGAUUGCAGAAGUAUCCUCAGCUGCAUUUGCUCGUCUCUCGGCAGCUCCGCAGUCUUCUGCUGUUCCACAUAUGUCUACUGGGUUAUCACCUCCUGGAGGCGAUCCUGUUCCCCAUCCCCUGAAUUUUGCUAGCUCCGGACGCAAGAACAAUUUGAGGCUCUCCUCAUCUCUCCAAGAUUUCUCAGCGUAUCAUCGCCUUGAUCCUGAAGAGGGCAACCUUCCCCAUGGGAUUGAUAUCAAUGCAAAACACCCGCAUCCAUUGCAGAAAGAGAAUAACCUAAGUUUCUCCAAGGAGAAGGCAUUGUCCACCGGAACCCCAUUUCUGCACAGAAAGUGGGUGCAAGUUAUCUUUGUCUUUUUAUCCCUAUUGUUAUUUGCUUUUUUGGUAUACAUGGUUUCGAUGUAUUUUUACCAUAAUUGGUCUCAAGGAACAUCCAAAUUCUACGUUGUUCUUGAUUGUGGUAGUACUGGGACUCGAGUAUAUGUUUAUCAGGCAUCCAUUAACAACAAGAGAGACAGUAGCUUCCCGAUUGUCAUGAAGUCACUAAGAGAAGGUAUUUCUCAAAAAUCUAGUGGGCGAGCUUACGACCGAAUGGAGACAGAACCUGGGCUUGAUAAGCUGGUGCACAAUAAAUCUGGCCUGAAGGGUGCAAUAAAACCACUUAUUCGGUGGGCAGCCAAGCAAAUUCCUGAGCAUGCUCAUAGUAGUACAUCUCUCUUCCUUUAUGCUACAGCUGGGGUUCGCAGGCUGCCAACCGCAGACUCAACUUGGCUUCUAGAAAAUGCAUGGUCCAUAUUGAAAGAUUCACCCUUCUUAUGCAAGAAAGAGUGGGUUAAGAUUAUUAGUGGUACAGAGGAAGCUUACUAUGGAUGGACGGCCCUUAACUAUCAGACAGAGAAGUUAGGGGCCAAAAGAAAAAAGGAAACUUUUGGUGCCCUUGAUUUGGGUGGAUCAUCAUUGCAAGUUACAUUUGAGAAUGAGGAAAAUGCGCAUAACGAGACUAACCUAAACCUUAGAAUUGGAGAUGUUAACCAUCAUCUUAGUGCAUAUUCUCUCUCAGGAUAUGGUUUGAAUGAUGCAUUUGGAAGGUCUGUGGUUCAUCUCUUAAAGGGGCUUCUAGAAAAAAUCAGUGAUGCAGAAUUAGUUAGUGGGAAUGUAGAAAUCAAGCAUCCUUGUUUGCAGUCUGGCUAUAAGGAGAAAUACACCUGCCUUCAUUGUUCUUCUAUUGAGCGAGAAAAUGGGAGCCCAAUUGUAGGAGGGAAAGUUUUAGGUGCAGGAGGAAAGUCCGGGGUUGUUGUCAAGCUUAUUGGAGCUCCAGAUUGGCAAAAAUGCAGUGCACUUGCAAAAGUAGCUGUUAAUUCUUCUGAAUGGUCCCAUCUAAGCCCCGGAAUUGAUUGCGAUUUGCAACCUUGUGCUCUUCCAGACAGCUACCCUCGUCCAUAUGGGCGGUUCUAUGCUGUAUCUGGAUUUUUUGUUGUGUACAGAUUUUUUAAUCUUACUGCAGAUGCUGCCCUUGAUGAUGUGUUGGAGAGGGGCCGUGAAUUCUGUGAAAAAACUUGGGAAAUAGCAAAAAACAGUGUCUCUCCCCAGCCUUUUAUUGAACAGUAUUGCUUUAGGGCACCCUACAUUGUAUCGCUGUUGCGAGAAGGCUUACACAUAACUGACAAUCAAAUCAUUAUUGGCUCUGGAAGUAUUACGUGGACACUUGGAGUGGCACUGCUAGAAGCUGGGAAAUUAUUAUCAAGCACACCAGUACUUCCUGGGUUUGACAUACUCCAAACAAAGAUGAAUCCAAUAAUCCUUAUUGCAAUUUUGCUUGUUUCAUUGUUUUUGCUACUCUGUGCACUAUCUUGUGUUGGCAAUUGGAUGCCAAGAUUUUUCAGGAGGUCCUAUCUCCCACUUUUUCGUCAUAAAAGUGCAUCCACCACAUCUGUUCUCAAUAUCCCUUCUCCUUUCAGAUUCCAGCGUUGGAGUCCAAUCAGCACAGGGGAUGGAAGAGUGAAGACACCCUUAAGUCCAACAAUUAGUGGCCCUUCGCCAGGGCCAUUUGGCUUAGGACAUGGUCUUGGUGGCAGCAGCAUCCAGCUCAUGGAAUCCUCUUUGUACUCAUCAACCAGCAGUGUAGCACAUAGUUAUUCAUCAAGUAGUUUGGGGCAGAUGCAGUUUGACAGCUCUAGCAUGGGUUCCUUCUGGACCCCUCACAGAGGUCAGAUGCGUCUUCAAAGUAGGAGAUCACAGUCUCGAGAAGAUCUAAACUCAUCAGUGGCCGAGGCACACAUGGUGAAAGUGUAGGCAUGCACUUAGAGAAGCUUCGGUAUGGUCAUUUCUUGUCCAUACUGCAUUUUUUUUUCUCCUUUAGGUGCUAAUCAAAAGGAAAUUGACACACUUGGACAUUUGAUUAUUUCAUGCUUCAAAUAUAUACAUAGCCAUUUUUCCACUUCUGUAUUCAUAAA